UUUUUCUUUUGUGCAGAAGGUGUGCUUUAAUCAAUUAAUAAUCAACUCUCUCUUUCACCUUCUUUUCUGUCCGUUACCACUCCCAUGUCUCCUCCACAUUCAGAAGAGAACGUACCCGAAAACGCACCAGAGCAUUGUCCUGGAACAGAAAGCGAUCAAGCUGGUAAAGCUUCAGCUUGCGCAGGUUGUCCCAACCAGAAUGCUUGCGCUACUGCACCUAAAGGUCCUGAUCCAGCGAUUCCGUUGAUUACGGCACGCAUGGCGUCCGUGAAGCACAAGAUUUUGAUCCUAUCCGGAAAAGGCGGUGUCGGCAAAUCGAGUUUCACGUCGCAAUUAGCAUUUGCAUUAGCCCAUGACGAGGACAGUGAAGUGGGUGUUAUGGACGUUGAUAUUUGCGGACCAUCGAUUCCUACAAUUAUGGGUUUGGAAGGCGAACAAAUCCAUCAAAGCAACAGUGGAUGGCAACCAGUUUUUGUGCAAGAAAAUCUCGGCGUAAUGAGUAUUGGAUUCAUGCUUCCCAACAAGGACGAUGCCGUCAUUUGGCGAGGACCCAAAAAGAAUGGUCUGAUCAAACAAUUCUUAAAGGAUGUGGAUUGGGGUACAUUGGACUUUUUGCUGGUGGACACACCCCCAGGCACAUCGGAUGAACACUUGUCGGUCGCAUCCUACUUGAAGGAAAGCGGUAUCGAUGGUGCCAUUGUCAUUACAACUCCACAGGAGGUCGCUUUACAGGAUGUGCGCAAGGAAAUUGAUUUUUGUCGCAAGGUCAAUAUCCCUAUUUUGGGUUUGGUCGAGAACAUGUCUGGUUUUGUGUGUCCCAAUUGUCAUGGCGAGUCGGUUAUCUUCCCACCCACCACUGGUGGUGCAGAAGCACUUGCCAAAGAAAUGAAUAUCGACUUGCUUGGCCGAAUCCCGCUGGACCCACGGAUCGCAAAGAGCUGUGAUAUGGGUGUCUCAUUUAUGGAUGAAUACCCUGACUCGCCUGCCUCGGCUGCUUACGAGGCUGUUAUCGACAAAUUGCAAGCUCGUUUCCAAUAAGUUACCACCCCAAUGCACACCUCACACAUAAAUUUGUAAUAUAAUAGUUUCUCCAUGCUUAAUAAUCCUGUAUAUGUAUCUAUUCGUCACACGAAUAAACUUUUUU